UACAAUUAUAUUUUCAUCAAACAUCAAAAACCAUUACUGCAUUACAUAUAUACAUUUUCGAAGCUAGCCUUUCAUCACAUUGCUUUACCCCUUGUUUACAUCUUAAUCAAACUCUAAUAUAUAGUAGUUUCAAGUUCUAAGCGUCAACCCUUAUCCAGUAGCCAAAAAUUCAUACAUACUGAACAGAAAAAUCAGACCAUAUCAAACCACACAAGAAAAAACAAAAAAACACUCAUAGAAAACAUUCAGAUCAGACCAGACCAGACAAAAUCAUACAUGACGAGCAGGUUGCAUACAAGCUUAGUUUGCAUCGAGGUUUUACUGAAGAUACCCGAAACCCUUAGCAAACCUAGCAAAAGGUGGCAACGGGCUUUCGCUAGUAUCUACUAUUCAAGAGCAUUACUCUUGAAAAGGAUACACAAUGUCAAUGAGUGUAAGUUAUUAUCACAUUCUUCUUCUUAUACAAUACUGAAUCUAGAACCAACAACAAAUCAACAUUUUCCAAAUGUUGAUAAAAACUCACUAAGCAAACUUACCAAACAGAAAAACCUCCAAAAACUUCAACAAUCUGGUGGGGUAGCCACCAUUGCUUCUUCUCUCAAAACAAAUCUGGAAACCGGCAUUAAUGGCGAUGAACAAGACCUUGCAAACCGCCGUGAAGUUUUUGACACAAACACGUACAAGAAACCGCCUUCUCAAGGGCUUCUACACUUUGUAUGGGAAGCUUUUAAGGAUUUCACCAUUCUCAUUCUUCUUUUCUGUGCUGCUUUAUCACUCGGGUUCGGUAUCAAGCAAAAAGGACCGAAAGAAGGGUGGUACGAUGGUGGAAGCAUAUUUGUAGCUGUUUUUCUUGUCAUCAUUGUAUCUUCUCUCAGUAAUUUCAGACAGAGUAAACAGUUUCAGAAACUGUCAAAACAAAGCAACAACAUUAGUAUUGAUGUUGUAAGAAGUGGGAGGAGACAACAAGUUUCGAUCUUUGACAUCGUUGUUGGAGACAUUGUGUGUUUGAAGACAGGAGACCAAGUACCGGCUGACGGGUUGUUUACUGACGGGUACUCGUUGCAGGUUGACGAGUCUAGCAUGACGGGGGAGAGCGACUAUGUCGGGGUUGACAGGGUUCAGAACCCGUACUUGAUCUCAGGGACGAAAGUUGCAGACGGGUAUGGUAAAAUGGUUGUUACCGCGGUAGGGAUGAACACGACAUGGGGAGAACUCAUGAGUUCUGUAAGCAGCAAAACGGAUGAAGAAACGCCAUUACAGGUCCGGCUUAAUAAGCUGACUUCUUCUAUCGGUAAGCUCGGUUUGGGAGUUGCUUUCCUCGUACUUGUAGUGUUGCUUGUUCGGUACUUCACAGGUCAUACAACAGACGAGAAUGGAAGAAGAGAGUUCAACGGAAGCCGUACGAGUGUUAAUGAUAUACUCAAUGUUGUUGUUAGAAUUGUUGCGGCUGCUGUUACGAUCGUUGUCGUUGCGAUUCCCGAGGGAUUGCCGUUGGCCGUCACGUUGACGCUCGCUUAUUCGAUGAAGAGAAUGAUGGCUGAUCAGGCUAUGGUCCGUAAGCUCUCGGCGUGCGAGACAAUGGGGUCCGCCACCGUCAUCUGUACAGACAAAACGGGUACCCUGACUCAGAACAAGAUGAAAGUUACACAAGUCUGGAUAGGGAAAAAACCUGUUUUAGAAGAAGAGGGGAAAGCCUCUGACAUUAUUGAUGCAGAUGUUCUUACAUUCAUCCAACAAGGAGUCGGGUUAAACACUACGGGUAGCGUCUACUCGGGUUCUUCUUCUUCCGGGUCGGAUUACGAGUUCUCGGGCAGCCCAACCGAGAAGGCCCUACUCUCUUGGGCCGUGUUGGACCUCAACAUGGACAUGCAGAAGCUGAAACAGAGCUGUGAAAUCCUUCAUGUGGAAGCCUUUAAUUCACAGAAGAAAAGAAGUGGUGUGUUAAUAAAAGGAAAGGAAAGUAACAAUAAAGUUUAUGUACAUUGGAAAGGUGCAGCUGAAAUGAUACUAGAUAAAUGCUCUUCUUACUAUGAUGCAUCAGGAAAUCUGACAAGUAUGGAUGGUAAUGCAAGGGAAACUUUGGAGCGGGUAAUUGAAAGCAUGGCGGCGAGCAGCCUUCGUUGCAUUGCCUUUGCUCACAAAGAAGUCGAAAAAGAAAAGCUCACAGACGACGGGCUGACCUUGCUAGGAAUGGUGGGCCUCAAGGACCCGUGUAGGCCCGGGGUUAAAAAAGCUGUUCAAGACUGCCAAAAAGCCGGAGUAAACAUCAAGAUGAUAACAGGGGAUAACGUUUUCACAGCACGAGCAAUCGCCGUUGAAUGUGGGAUCUUACAACCCGGUGAUGACGUUAGUCAUGCUGUCGUCGAAGGUCCGGAGUUUCGGGGCUACACGGAGCAGGAAAGAAUCGAGAGAGUUGACAAAAUACGCGUCAUGGCUAGAUCUUCCCCUUUUGACAAGCUUCUCAUGGUGCAGUGUCUGAAACAGAAGGGUCAUGUGGUUGCAGUCACCGGUGACGGCACAAAUGAUGCACCGGCACUGAAAGAGGCGGAUAUAGGGCUAUCUAUGGGAAUACAAGGGACCGAAGUUGCCAAAGAGAGUUCGGAUAUAGUCAUCUUGGAUGAUAAUUUCGGUUCGGUAGCAACGGUUUUGAACUGGGGGCGAUGUGUGUACAACAACAUACAAAAGUUCAUCCAAUUCCAGCUGACAGUAAACGUUGCAGCUCUGACAAUCAACUUUGUAGCAGCAGUUUCAGCAGGUGAGGUACCUUUAACCGCGGUCCAACUCUUGUGGGUCAACCUGAUUAUGGACACCUUAGGUGCACUAGCUCUCGCAACAGAGAAACCGGCAAAAGAAUUGAUGGAUAAACCACCCGUUGGAAGAACCGACCCACUUAUCACCAACAUAAUGUGGAGAAACCUGAUGUCUCAAGCUUUAUACCAGAUAGCAGUCCUGUUGACCCUACAGUUUAAGGGAGAGUCCAUCUUUGGGGUCGGAAGCAAGGUGAAGGAUACCUUGUUAUUCAAUACGUUCGUGUUGUGCCAGGUGUUCAAUGAGUUUAACGCGAGGAAGUUGGAGAAGAAGAACAUCUUCGAAGGGAUACACAAGAACAAGCUUUUCUUGGCUAUUAUUAGUGUGACUAUUGUGUUGCAGGUGGUUAUGGUUGAAUUCCUCAAAAAAUUCGCGAAUACAGAAAGGUUGAAUUGGGGACAGUGGGGUGUUUGUGUUGGGAUUGCCGCGGUUUCUUGGCCUCUAGGGUGGCUCGUAAAGUUCAUACCUGUUGCAGAAAAACCAUUUUUCAGCUACAUCAAAUGGCAGAAGAAGAAAAACUAAACUAAAUAGGAUUAUUCACUAAAAAAACAGUUAGGAUUACCAGAAAUAUGUACAUUGUUUGAUUGUUUGAGAUUCUUUAUUCAUUAUAUAAGUAUGUAAGUAAAGAGCUAGUGAAUUAUUUUGUUCAAAUAUAUUUAUGCGAAUAGCAGUCAUUUUCUUGUA